GUCCGUGCCGCACCUGAUGCGCGCCAUCUACGGCGACGUGGACGUCAAGAUCAUCGCCGUGCUGAGGGAGCCCGUCGCGAGGCUUCACGCCGCGUAUUCGCACUACGAGCACUACGCCAAGCACUUUAAAAGCUUUGACGAAUUCGUAAACCUCUUCGUCGACGCGUUCGAGGAGUGCGCUGGCGAGCACGGCGUGGAGGGAUGCGCGCACAGGUUCGAGGCGUACCACCCCAAGUACGAGGCUGUGUUCUACCACGCCGAUCAGCUCAUAAAGACGAUGUACGCGGUGUUUUUGGAGGGUUGGCUCGCGAUGUUUGGCGCGGAGAACGUGCUGGUGCUGAGAACGGAGGACGUGUUCCACUCGGACCCGAACGUGCGCAAAGAACAGCUGAAAAAGGCGCUCAGUCACCUCGGAUUGGCGGACGUCACGGAGAGCGCGUUGGACGCCAUGGACGCGUGCGACGAGGAGUGCAACGCCGACGACGCUGCGAUGGCGACGAGGAAGUACGAAGCCGGCGACGUGAGCCCGGAGACUCGCGCCAAGCUCGACGCGUUCUUCGCCCCACAACUGGCGGACCUCGCGGCGAUGUUAGGGGACGAGAAGUGGAGGUGGCCGGGGUAUAGGGGAGUGUAGGGGAGUAGUGAGGCGAGGCGGCGGGCUGUGAGGUCGGUUCGAGCGUAGCGACGACGUUACGAUAGCGGCGAGUUUGAAGAAGGCUGCG